GACGUCACAUCCUCCUCCACUUUUUCCUUUCGAUUUGCAGCCAUCUUGUCUAGGGCCUGUGUAUUUCUAGGCGUCUCGCAGUGACUUACAUUGAGUCUAAUACGGGUUACAUUCUCCAGCCGUUAAGAGAUAUUGUGAAGUGCAUGGAUCUGAAGGUGCAAUUGUUUUUUACCUAGCAGCCCCUUUCAAAGUUACUAGCAUAGGCUUCAAGCCAGCAAGUAUAUUACCUACCUGUAAAGUAGCUACUAUAAGAUAGUUUUAUAUUAUAAUGGCAUUGAAACGGAUCAACAAAGAAUUGAUGGACCUGGGAAGGGAUCCACCUGCUCAGUGUUCAGCUGGCCCUGUUGGUGAUGACUUGUUUCACUGGCAAGCAACGAUCAUGGGACCACCAGACAGCCCAUACCAAGGAGGAGUUUUCUUCUUAACAAUUCACUUCCCUACGGAUUAUCCUUUUAAGCCACCUAAAGUGGCAUUCACGACACGCAUAUAUCAUCCAAACAUCAACAGCAACGGGAGUAUUUGUUUGGAUAUUUUGAGGUCGCAGUGGUCACCCGCCCUCACCAUCUCCAAAGUUCUAUUGUCCAUCUGCUCGCUGCUCUGCGAUCCUAACCCAGAUGACCCCCUGGUACCCGAAAUCGCAAGGAUCUACAAGACUGACCGAGAAAAAUACAACGAACUAGCAAGAGAAUGGACCCGCAAGUACGCUAUGUGAAGAAUUGGAUGAGUUUGGGGUUCCACAAGUUUCUGAUCCAGCUACGAUUCUUUGAAGACUUCACCUGACGUCUGGAGACCUGUAUCAUUGUAGAAUUAAAUGAAGUUUUUAAAUCUUUUGGAGACCGUUUUUUAUUGUAAAAUUUACUUUAUACAGAUUGUAUCUUCAUAAAAAAUAUGUCAUGGAAAGUAUUUGCUUCUGACGAGGUGAUCUUCUGGAAUCUGAGCCAAGCUCGUCAGGCUGGCAAUAUUAUGCCAAGCAUAUAUUCGUUUGUGAUGAAUCUUUCCCAUAAUGUUAAAAUUAAUUCAACCGAUGUUAAACAAUUUCUAAGUCCCUCUUGACUCAGGCUGUGAGUUGAGUCAGAACACUGUUUGAUAGUGGAAAAUCCACAGCAGGUUCACUUGUCCUUGCAAGUUUGUGCUUGGCCAGCCUCAGUGUAUGGAGCUCUGAGGUACCUUGCAACUGUACCGUAACUUUCAGCACCAUCUGACAUCCAGUACCUGUGUACUGUUGCUGUCGAGUGCUUAUGUUUCAGAUGCUUCAUAGCGUAGAGCUUAUGUACCAAAUUUUAUCCUACCCCACUUGACUAUGUACUUUUGCCUAUGUGAUUUUACAUUUUCAGUGGGCCUUCUUUGUCAUCUCAAUGUGGCCUAUGAUGAGGUGUAAGUGAUUUGUACCAUAGGUCAGAUGUAAAUGAAUUCCUGUAAGUCAA